AUGGCGAACGCGAGCGAGCCGGGCGGCGGCGGCGGCGAGGCGGCCGCGCUGGGCCUCAAGCUGGCCACGCUCAGCCUGCUGCUGUGCGUGAGCCUCGCGGGCAACGUGCUGUUCGCGCUGCUCAUCGUGCGGGAGCGCAGCCUGCACCGCGCCCCGUACUACCUGCUGCUCGACCUGUGCCUGGCCGACGGGCUGCGCGCGCUCGCCUGCCUCCCGGCCGUCAUGCUGGCGGCGCGGCGGGCGGCGGCCGCCACGGGGGCGCCGCCGGGCGCGCUCGGCUGCAAGCUGCUCGCCUUCCUGGCCGCACUCUUCUGCUUCCACGCCGCCUUCCUGCUGCUCGGCGUGGGCGUCACCCGCUACCUGGCCAUCGCGCACCACCGCUUCUACGCCGAGCGCCUGGCCGGCUGGCCGUGCGCCGCCAUGCUGGUGUGUGCCGCCUGGGCGCUGGCGCUGGCCGCGGCCUUCCCGCCGGUGCUGGACGGCGGGGGCAGCGGCGGCGACGACGAGGACGCGCCGUGUGCCCUGGAGCAGCGGCCCGACGGCGCCCCCGGUGCGCUGGGCUUCCUGCUGCUGCUGGCCGUGGUGGUGGGCGCCACGCACCUGGUCUACCUCCGCCUGCUCUUCUUCAUCCACGACCGCCGCAAGAUGCGGCCCGCGCGCCUCGUGCCCGCCGUCAGCCACGACUGGACCUUCCACGGCCCCGGCGCCACCGGCCAGGCGGCCGCCAACUGGACGGCGGGCUUCGGCCGUGGGCCCACGCCGCCCGCGCUGGUGGGCAUCCGGCCCGCGGGGCCCGGCCGCGGCGCGCGCCGCCUCCUCGUGCUGGAGGAGUUCAAGACGGAGAAGAGGCUGUGCAAGAUGUUCUACGCCGUCACGCUGCUCUUCCUGCUGCUCUGGGGGCCCUACGUCGUGGCCAGCUACCUGCGCGUGCUGGUGCGGCCUGGCGCCGUCCCGCAGGCCUACCUGACGGCCUCCGUGUGGCUCACCUUCGCGCAGGCCGGCAUCAACCCGGUGGUGUGCUUCCUCUUCAACAGGGAGCUGAGAGACUGCUUCAGGGCCCAGUUCCCCUGCUGUCAGAGCCCCCAGACCACGCAGGCCACCCUCCCCUGCGACUUGAAGGGCAUCGGCUUGUGAGGGACUCCCCGCCUCCGCACCCCUGACCCAACCCAGCAUCCCCUUCGGCUUGGACAGUGACCUCGCUUCUCCCCGCCCUGUCCGGUCCCCUUUUUAAUUUUCGAAGCUGCCUUCCAAACGGACUCUCAAAGUGGACACCCACUUGGAUUGUACAGACUCCUGUUUGGGGGGCGGGGGAGGGGCAACUCCGCACACUCGUCCUCCUCAGCGUCCUUUCUUCCUGGGACAGCCCUGCAGUCCUUUUGUACUGGUUCUGACUUUUCUUUCACAUCUGCAUUUUUUUUUUCCAAUAAAGGCUGAUUUUCUUCAUGCAUUUUCCUAAAGACCACGGCCAGUUUUCUACAGAAGCUAUUUUUGACAAGCUCAAGUGGCAUCGCAGAUUGCAGUGAGGUAGACAGAGGUGAGGGGCUUCACGAGUCGGCUUCCUUGGGUGUCUUCAGUUGGAAGUAGGAGGAAGGGGGAAAGGUGACCUAAGGGCUGUCUGGACUGCCAGCUCAGCGUCAGUUGCGCAGUGGGGUUCUUCCAAAGCUUAAGAAUUUAGUUCAAUGUUGACAUUGAACUUGACAGAAAUCGGAGUCAGUAGGCAGUGUUGUUUUUUUUUUUUUUCUUUUUUAAAGCAGUAAGUAAGGACUUGGUUCCUAGUUUAUACUAAAUACACAGCAGCCGCAGCUGCUCUCUGUAUUAUAUCAACCUUGAAUGGAAACGUCUCAGUGACAUUGUAACUUUCAAAAGAGUACAAAGUGUUUUGGUUAGUGAAGGUGUGGAGAAAAUACAGUGUUGCAUGCUUUUGUAUGUAUCCAUUGUGGCUCAAGGAUGGUGGGGCUCUGGAAGCCAAGUAAAUCAUUUGGGUAUUUUUUGCCAACAAAAAAGUUGAGAUACUUUUAUGGAAAUGGCUUGUGCUUUGAGAAGCCGGGUUUUAUUCUGUCUUACGAAACUAAUUUCCACUUUGAAGAUUGUUCUGUUGUUCAUGAAAUAAAUGAAUGAAACAUAAUGCUCCACUACUUCUAGGAGAUGAGCGUUUUCUUAGUGUUUGCUAGGUGAAGCUGUGCUGUUAUUCUGAUGGUUAUUUUCAAUUAAUAACCAGAAUUGUCAUUUUAAAUAUUAUUUCUCUGUUAGAUGUAAUUUAAAACUGGAAGAAAACAUUCUGCAAGUACUGUAUAAUAUUUUUCGCUUAAACUGCUAUGUUUUUAUCAACGUAUCUUCCGUUUUGAGGGUUUAUAUCUGUAUUUCUCUUUGCAUUACAUGAAUAUACCAGUAUUUUCACUCUGGAGUGGUGGUGGUGUUCUUUGAGGCUGGGAUUGGUACUACUUCGAGUCUUGUAUUGUCUGUUGCUAGUUCCAGUUUUCCUAGUUUGAGCAUCAGCCUUCCAACACAUCUGGAGACCUUUUGACUUCAAAGUGCAAGGUAAAAUUCUGCACCAUUUCUCUUUAAAGGGAAGAAAUAGUAAACAUAUAUAAUGCUUUAAAACUCUUUCACAAAUGAAAAGCACGGGCUGGGGUUUUGCUCAGCCCUCUGUUCCAUCUCCCGCACCGGAAAAACGUUAAGAGUACGCUGAUAAAUAAUAAAUGAAAAUGUG